AUGUUCUUGGGAAAGACCCUGAACCUGAAGUUGUCGCUGCUACAUAUCGGCCUCACAGAUCUUUGUCUCUCUGCAGCUCUUCUCCCAGCAGGUCAACCCCAGUAUUCCCGGGACUUCCAGUAUUUCCAGGAUCCUCAGGAUCUGCAGGACCUCCAGGACCACCAUGAUCCCUGGGACUUCCAGGACCUCAAGAACCUCCAGGAUCCUCGAGACUUCCAAGUCCCCCAGUACAACAAGGAUCACCAAGAUCUCCGGGAAUUCAAGGAUCCCCUGAACCUGCAGGACUUCCAGGACUUCCAAGUCCCACGGGACCUUCAGGACUUCCAGGAUCCCUUGAAACGCCAGGACUUUCAGGACCCCUGGAACCCACAGAACUUCCAGGACCCCCAAGACCCCCAGGACCUCCAGGACCUCCAGGACCCCUGGAAUCUCCAAGACCUCCAGGAAUUCCAAGACCAACAGGACCUCCAAGACCAGUGCCCAGGGGGCUCCUGUAACCCACAGCUGGGUGACCUCAUGGUGGGUCGAGCAGCUCAGCUGUCGGCUUCAUCCACCUGUGGUCUGGACGGACCUCAGAACUACUGCAUCAUCGGAUACCUGGAGACGGAGCAGAAAUGUUUCACAUGUGACUCUCGGCUGCCGUACAAUCGCUACAACAACCCCAACAGCCACCGCAUCGAGAACAUCAUCACCACUUUUGACCCCGAGAGGAAGAUGAAGUGGUGGCAGUCCGAGAACGGAGUUCAUGAGGUCAGCAUCCAGCUGGAUCUGGAGACGGUGUUCCAGUUCAGCCACCUGGUUCUAACCUUCAAGAGCUUCCGUCCAGUGGCCAUGCUGAUUGAGCGGUCGAAGGAUUUCGGACGAAGCUGGAAAGUUUUCCGUUACUUUGCAGACGAUUGUUCGCUUCACUUUCCGUCAGUGACAGCUGAUCCGGCCGACAGCAUCGAUGACAUCAUCUGUGACAGCAGAUACUCUGGAUCAGAACCGUCCACGGAUGGAGAGGUAGUGCUGAAAGCUCUGGAUCCCGUGUUUGAAAUUGAAAACCCAUACGCUCCCAACAUCCAAGAUCUCAUCACUCUCACCAACAUCCGGGUGAACUUCACUCGUCUCUUCACGCUGGGCGACACUCUGCUGUCUCGGAGACGCAGGAACCCUGAGGACAAAUACUACUAUUCUCUGUACAACAUGGUGGUCCGAGGAAGCUGCUUCUGUAAUGGACACGCCGGUCGCUGUACGCCGGUGGGCGGAGGACGGGGGGACGUCUUCACCCAGCCAGGCAUGGUUCACGGUCGAUGUGUUUGUCAGCACAACACGGCCGGAGAAAACUGUGAGCGCUGUCUGGACUUCCACCACGACUCCCCCUGGAGGCCUGGAGGAGAAAACACAGCCGACAUCUGCAGGAGAUGUAACUGUCACGGCCACUCCGACUCGUGUCACUUCGAUGCAGCUCGUUUCAGAGCAACUGGUGGCGUCAGCGGUGGCGUCUGCGACGGCUGCCUCCACGACAGGACGGGGCCUCAGUGCGAACAGUGCCAACCUUUCCUGUACCAGGACCCCCAGAGGGCCCGGGAAGACCCUCACGCCUGCAUACCGUGUGACUGCGACCCGGCUGGUUCUCAGGGCGGUGGUCUGUGUGACGCUCUGAGUGGUCGAUGUGUCUGUAAAGAGAACGUGGAGGGAGAACGCUGCGAUCGCUGCAAACGUGGCUUCUUUGGUCUGAGACAGGACGACCCGGCCGGCUGUCAAGCCUGCAGAUGUCACUCUCUGGGAAGCGUCGGCUGUGAUCAGCUGACCGGAAGCUGUGAAUGUGAUCAUUUAGCUGCUGGAUCGCUGUGUGAUCGAUGUGUGGAAGGUUUCUGGGGUUUAGGGAACUCUGUGUACCAAUGUUCACCCUGUGACUGUGAUAUCGGCGGAGCUCAAGGCACCACAUGUUCUCCAGAGGACGGACAGUGUCUCUGUUUUCCCAACAUGAUUGGUCGACGCUGUUCUGACCCCGCCCCUGGCUACUUCCUGCCUUCACUGAACUACUUCCUGUAUGAGGCAGAGCUUACUGCGCCACUUCCAGGAGCUCCACCUCCUUCUUCUUCUUCUCUGCUGAAUCCAGUACUACCUCCCUGUGAGCAGUACUUCAGAGAGCGAGGGUUCGAAUUUCAGGUCUCUAAUGGACGAGUCGUUGUCGUCCGGAGGACUCGGCGACUCGCCCGCCGGCGGCGACAAGGACAGGAAAACAGCAUCCCCCUGGAGCCGGGCCAUGCCCUGCAGAUCAUCCCUCGCCAGAGAUCAGCUGAUCAACCUGUAACCUGGACCGGCCUGGGAUUGGUCAGAGUAGUGGACGGGGCGGGACUUAGAUUCACCGUGGACAACCUCCCGUCAUCAAUGGAGUACCAGCUGGUGAUCCGCUAUGAACCAGAGUCUCCGUCUGAUUGGCUGGCUUCAGUCAGCAUCAUCACACUGUUGCCGGGCGACGGCGGCUGCAGCAGUGACCCAGCAGGAAGUCACACUCUGACUCUUCCUGGAAACUCCAGAGGAGGGGUCCUGGACUGGCCGCUGUGUCUGAAAGCAGGAGGCCGGUAUUUCGUGGAUGUGGUUUUUACCAGACAGUCUGGAUCUGACAGCUCACACAUCCUAGUAGACUCGAUGGGGCUGAUUCCCAGAGUCGAGUCGGUCCAGGACUUCUGCUCCCAGACUGACCUCGACUCUUUCCACCGCUUUCGCUGCUCUGGAUUGGCUCCGGACCUUGGCUCUGAGGAGUCGCUGCCAGAAGUGUGUGAGGAACUCAUCAAGAGUCUGUCGGCAAGAAUCCACAAAGGAGCUGUUGCUUGUGGCUGUAACGUGAUUGGCUCUCGUGGACCUUACUGCAGUAAACUGGGCGGGCUCUGUGAAUGUAAACCCAACGUGAUUGGUCGUUGCUGUGAUACCUGUGCACCGCUGACAUUCGGCUUCAGAUCUGAUGGCUGCAAACGUUGUGAAUGCGACCCUGCAGGCUCGCUGUCGGAGCUGUGCGACCAGGUCAGGGGUCAGUGCGCCUGUCGGGCCGAGGUGGCGGGUCGACGCUGUGACCGCUGCCAGCUGGGAUUCUGGGAGUUCCCCCGGUGUCGACCCUGUGGAUGUAACGGCCUGUCGGAUGAAUGUGACCCGGAGAAUGGCGAGUGUUUCAACUGCAGGGAGUACAGCACUGGACCCAGCUGUAACAGGUGUGUGGAGGGUUACCAUGGCGACCCAACAUCUGGACAGCCCUGCCAGCCCUGCCUCUGUCCAGAUGUUUGGAGCAGUAGACGAUUCUUCGCUACUUCUUGCCAAUACGACCCGCAAUCCCUCAGUCUAACCUGUACCUGCCAGCGGGGGCACACAGGUGUACGCUGCGACAGGUGCAGCCCUGGUUUCUAUGGUGACCUGACACUGCCGGAUGCCUCCUGCCAGGAGUGUUCCUGCAGCAACAACAUCGACCUCAGCGACCGCAACGCCUGCGACGGCAGGACAGGAGAAUGUCUGCGCUGUCUUCACAACACCAUGGGAACGCACUGCCAGACCUGCAGACCUGGUUACUAUGGCAACGCCCUGGACCGGGACUGCAAAGAAUGCUCUUGUGACCGGCGGGGGACACAGGUGACUCAGUGUCCUCUGGGGAGUCCCUGUUUCUGUGAUCCAUCCACAGGACAGUGUCCCUGCAGGACAGGGGUGAUGGGAGACCUCUGUGACGAGUGUGAGGACGGAUACUGGAACCUGGACGGAGCUUCAGGAUGUCAGACCUGCAGCUGUGAUCCCGUCAACUCCUUCUCCAACGUCUGCAACAAGGUGACGGGACAGUGUCCAUGUCGUCCAGAGUUCGGGGGAAGACAGUGUGAUGAAUGUGGAGAAAAUCAUUUUGGGAAUCCAGACCUGCAGUGUGUUUCCUGUGACUGUAACCUGGAGGGAACUGAACGUCCGUCAUGUGACCCUGAAACCGGCGAGUGCAUCUGUCGAGUCGGAGUCACCGGUAUCUUCUGUGAUGAGUGUGCCCCUGGCUACGACUCGGCGUUCCCGGCCUGCGAGCGCUGCCACGCCUGCACCGCCCUCUGGACCGAGAACGUCACAGAUGUCCAGCGAGCUGCCCAGAGGAUGAGAACCUUCAUCCCUCGCCACGACGACGACGAGCAGCUUGCAGGCCAUCACCUCCAACGGAUGCUGGAGAUGCACUCCAAGCUGGACAGCCUCUCCAACCUGACUGGACUCUCCCAGCCAAAGGUGGAGAAGAUGCAGAAGAUGUUUGUGAAGAUCAGGAAAUUGAAAGAUGCCAUUGACCCAAACGUGAUCCUGAUCAACCCGUCUCCUCUCCUCAACACUGAAAUUGACAACAUUCAUCUGGAGUUCAAGAACCUCCUGAACAGCUUGAAGGAGAAACUCGUCGAGGAUACAGGCACUGAGGACAAAGAGCAACUGGAAGAACUGCUGGAUGAGAUCCAGAAGCUUCAUAAAUCCUUCAUGUCGGAGGAGAAGAGGGUGAGGAACGCUAACAAAGCUAUCGAGGACUCCAUGGAUACCAGACAGGAGGUCAAACGCAAACUGAGCAUGUGCAGCAGCAGAGGAGACCUGGCACCACUGGAGAAGAAAGUCAACGGACUCAGUGUGGUCAACCUCAACCAACAGGUCUGUGGAGCUCCAGGUCUGGAGGACUGCUCUGGAUGUGGUGGAGCUCUCUGUGUUCGUCUGGGUCAGAGGAAAUGUGGAGGUCCAGACUGUGAAGGAGUCGUUCCCAUUGCUCAGAAAGCUUCACAAACUGCAGAGACAGUGGAGGACCAGCUGAUCAAACUGCCAUCCAGACUCCAGGAGUCCAGGAACAAGAUCAAUGAAGCAAAGCAAGCAGCUCAGGACACCAAAGACCAGGCGAAAGACCUGCAGGACCGGAUCCACAGCAACACCCACUCCAUGGAGAGAGAGAAGAACAGAACCAGGGAGCUCCUUCAGCGAGUCAAAAACUAUCUGCUGGAUGACAUGGUUCCUCCAGAAGACAUCGAGAAAAUGGCCAAAGCUGUUCUGAACAUCCAGCUGCCAGGAUCACCGGAUCAGAUCCAAUCAAUGAUCAAUGACAUCAAUAAUUUGGUGACCAAUUCAACCAAAUUCCAGGACGAUCUGAAGAACCUGGAGCUUCAAGCCAAGGCUGCCCAGGACCUGCUUCAGGAAGCUCAGAAACUCAAGGAAAGGACAAAGAUCAUUGAUGUGGAAGACAUCAACAGAGACAUUUAUGAAGCAGACAGAAUUCAGGAAAAAGCCAACGACAACUUGGAGACAGCCAGCCAAGACAGAGACAAGACCAGGGACAGAAUCCAGAAAAGUGAAGAAAAACUAGACGAUAUUGAGGCGAAGCUGAUGAAUCGGUCUGACCAUCGUCUGAAAGAAAUCCAAGCUGUGAAGAACAAAACUGACCAGAACAGAGAGAUGGCCCGAGAGGCUCAACAGGCUGCAGAAUCCGCUUUAAGCAACGCUAUGGAAACACAGACGGAGCUGGAUGAUGUCAUGAAGCUGUUUGAGGUUCUAAAGCAGAAACAGCUGAAUCAGACCGCUAGUGGUGAAGCUGCAGAUCGAUUGAAAAACAUCAUGAAGGAGGCCGAGGACGUCCAGAGAGACAUGGAGGACAAACUCCGACAGAUACAAGAGUUGGAGCAGAAGAUCCUGCAGCUGAUUCAGAGGAAAAACCAAAAAGCUGCUGAAGUGUCCGAGUUGUUGCAGACAGUGGAUUCACUUCGACAGGAGAUCUCCAGCCGAGCCGAAGGAUACACCAUCUGUACCUCAUAAAUACUGCUCAGUACUGCAGUACUGCUCCUCAUACAGUCAGAAACUAAAGUCUUCCUCCAUCCAGACUCUGUAGAUUAUUCAGUUUCCAAUACCUCAGAACUUUUUAGACCCACUGAAACACAAAAAAACAACCAUUCACUUUGGUUAUUUCAUAGAUUUAUUAAAGGUCUUCUAGGAAUAUGACUGCUGGGUCAAAAAUAUACAAACAAUAACUUGAAUUGUCAGAUUUGCUGAUGUACAAAGUUGUGUUUGUCAAAUUUUCUUAGUUUCACGAGUAAUUCCAGUCGACUACAGCUGCUGACUCCUCUGAUCAGUUUAAAUAGAACCAUUAGAUCCACUCAUUAGACUCAAACACUACAGGGGGAAUGUCUGAGGAGCUCAGCAAAGAUCUGAAGAAGAAUAUCAGUGACUUGAACCAGUCAGAAAGGGACUUGGAGCCGUUUCAAAGCAGCUUCAGAUCCAGAAUCAUCUGUUUGUCAGGAUAAAGUUCAUGGUCCAGUUGUGUUACUGCCACCAUCAGGAAGAAAACACAAACUACCACCUGCUGCUGAGAGACGACUGUUCAGGAUGGUCAAGAGUCAAUCAGGAACCAUCAGAAAGCAGGUCUGGAUGAAUGAAAAGAUGCUGGACACAGCUGUCAGUGUCCAUAGGGUUCUAGAGGAUCCAUGAAAAAAGUUCUUCCUCUAGAAGCAGAACCUUAAAGCUCCAUUCAUCACAUGGACAAAGAAAAGGUUCUGGAGGAAAGUUCUGAGGUCAGAUGGAACAAAAACUGAAGGUGAGGCCUUCAACCCCAAGAACACCAAACCUACCAUCCAGCAUGGAGGUGGCAGUAUCAUGCUCUGUGGAACUGGAGAUUUGCACAAAGUAAAUGGAAUAAUGAAGAAGGAGGAUCACCUCCAUGUUCUUCAGGAAAACCUAAAACCAUCAGCAGAAGGUUGAUCUUGGACACAGUUGGAUGUUUCAACCAGACAAUGAGUCCAAACACACAUCAGACGUGGUAAAGAAAUGGUUCCAUCAGGCUGGAAUGAAGGUUCUAGAAUGAAGGUUCUAGACUGGUCUCCCCAAAGUCCUGACUUAAACCCAUCAAGAACCUGAGGACUGAUGAAGAAACAAGUCUGAGUCAGAAACACAAGUUUAGUGGAACUGAACCAGUUCUGUCCAGAGGAGUCAAAGAUAAAUUAGAGGAUUGUAGACUGAAACCAGAAGAACCAAACUGAGGUGGAAAUGGACAAAUUUAGCCAAAUAUUAGCAUUUCCGUUUGUAUGUUUUUGACCCUUUCCAGCUCAACAGGAUCAUGUUUCCCUGAUGUUUCUACCAAGUGUGUUUCCUUUGCUGUGGUUAGAUAGUAUUAGAUCUUCAGACAGUAGGUAGGUACCGCGGGAACUCACUCUUCCUUUCACUAGUUAGAUGAUGAGACAUCUGACUACCUUAAGAGAGUCAUAGAAGAUCUAUCAUAAAUCUAUAAAAGAACUAAAAUACAUCACUGUUUUUCAAUAUUGAGUUAUUGGGAACUAAAGACUGAAUUGAUAAACGAUGACUUUAUAGGUGGAUGGAAACGUGUUCAUGACUGUAUAUUCACAGUACUACUCUUAAAUACUGCACUCUACUGCAGUACUGUUCCACACAAAUACCACAAAGCAGUGUGUACUGUAAAAUUGCUAAGAGUAUUUGUUUUUCUAUAUCUUGUUUUUCUUGGUUUUGCAAAUGUUUGGAAAUUAUUCAGUAAAAUGUGCUCAGAAUGCUGCAUUAUAAAGCUGUGUUAUUGGUUUCAUCUAAGUAUAGAUAGAUAGACAGACAGACAGACAGACAGACAGACAGACAGACAGACAGAGAAUUCAUCUGGACCGAGCCUGAUGGGUGUGGAGGGAUCUCCUGAACUGUUCCUGCAGCAGUGAGACGAUCCUCCACUGCAGCUGCUCCUCUCUUCAGGAUGUUGUGGAGAUGGUGGCUGAUGGUCAGGAUGGACUGAUCUGUCCUCUUGCUGAGCUCAGAGCCAGCCUUCUUCAGCAGCCUGUCCAGCAGCUGACCACAGCAGAGAAGAACACUGGCGUCCACUGACUAGUAAAGCAUUUGCAGCACUUCACUGCAUAUGUCGAGGGAUCUUCCUCUCCUGAGGAUGAACCAGGUAUCUGUGUUCAUGGACCAGUUUGUUGUCAAGCUGCAAACCCAGAUAUUUGUAGGUCUGCACCGCUUCAGUGUCCUCCUCUCUGGCCAGUUUAGACAUGCAGAAGUCCACCACCAUCUCCUCAGUCCUGCAGAUGUUCAGCAGAAGGUCCAGUCUGUGAAGGUUAAUCAGGUACCCAUACUCCCCUUCCUGCCCAUUCUUGAUCCACACCAGCUGUAUCAUCAGAGUCUUUCUGAACCUGCGAGAUGGUCCAUCAUCCAAGAGGUGAUCUCCAUCUCCUCCAGCUUGUUUCAGAGUAUGAGGAGUUGAACUGUAUUUAAAGAACAUGAUCCCUACAUGGUUCUUCUAUCUGCGGUUAGUGUCAAGAUGAUAUAAAUAAUCUGAAUGUUUUUUUUACAGUCAGUAAUGUUCCUGGGAUUUUAGAUUCUCAAGAACUGUGUCUGAAACAUCUAAAACCAUCUGGCCUUCACUUUAAAGCUGCUGUUUGUAUUUAUAUCAGAGUUUAAACAGUUUGGCUUGAUUUGUAAUCAGAAAUCAGAAAAUCAGAUCAAAGAUGAUCAGUAAGAUGUUAAAUGAUCUUUUUGAUGUAAAUGUGAGAUUAUGGG